AUGAAUUUGGCUGACAUCCAGAAGCCCCCAGCAGUACAACUGUGCUUUCCUUCGGUUAACAAUUCAUGCCCUAGAAAUGUGAGGCCCGUGCUAAGUGUCUGGACCAUGUCCCUGGUCAUGAUCGGGGCUAUAGUGAUGACUAUGCUGGGCAACAUGGUGGUGAUCAUUUCCAUCACCCACUUCAAGCAGCUCCACUCCCCGACCAACUUCCUGAUCCUCUCCAUGGCCACCACGGACUUUCUGCUGAGCUGUGUGGUCAUGCCCUUCAGCAUGGUCAGGUCCAUCGAGUCCUGCUGGUACUUUGGAGACCUCUUCUGCAGAGUCCACAGCAGCUGCGACAUCUUGCUCUGCACCACCUCCAUUUUCCACCUCUGCUUCAUCUCUGUUGACCGCUAUUAUGCCAUUUGUGACCCUUUACAGUAUGUCACCAAAAUUACCCUCCCUGUCAUAGUGGUCUUUCUACUCAUCGGUUGGUUCGUGCCCAUCUUUUUUGCCUUUGGCUUGGUCUUCUCAGAAUUAAACAUCAUUGGUGCAGAAGAUUUUGUUGCAGCCACUGACUGCACGGGUUUGUGUGUGUUAAUAUUUAAUAAGCUUUGGGGGGUACUUGCCUCCUUGAUAGCUUUCUUUCUCCCUGGGACAGUCAUGGUGGGGAUUUACAUACACAUUUUCACCAUAGCCAGGAAGCACACUAAGCAAAUUGGCACAGGGGCUAGGGUAGGGUCAGAAACCCAAAGGAAGGGAUCAUCCAGAAGGGAAAACAAGGCCACCAGGACCUUAAGCAUAGUCAUGGGAGUGUUUGUGCUAUGCUGGCUUCCCUUUUUCAUCUUGACCAUCAUAGACCCUUUCAUUAACUUUGCAACCCCUGAAGAUUUGUACAACCUCUUCCUCUGGCUGGGUUAUUUCAACUCCACUUUUAACCCCAUUAUAUAUGGCAUGUUUUAUCCUUGGUUUCGCAGGGCAUUGAGGACGAUUGUCACAGGAAUGAUCUUCCGCCCUGACUCUUCCACCCUAAGCCUGUUUCCUGGACAUGCUUAG